GAAAACAGAUGCAAUUGCCGAGAUUCUGGCAAGAGCUCUGCAAUGUUGGCAGGAAUGGCUAGAAAAAAAAGCGCAACAGCGGAGAAAAGUCAACUGGCUACUUGGACGAAGUCGGGACCCUCACUAAUUACGUAUUGUCCACUUCCGUCUCUUACAAGUGGCAAUUAGGGUCAAGUGAAUAAAAGCGGUUGGACUUGGAGAGCGUUAGUAUUUUUGGAGUGCCCGACAAGAUGGCUCUGUGGCUCGUCCAGGGAUACCUGCUCCUCAGUCUCAUCAAAGCUUCUCUGCAAGGAGGAGUUCCAGGAGCAGGGAUUCAAGGAACAAUAGGGCGCCUCUUUCUUCCAAGUGGCCUCUUACGAGGUGCUGGAGUACCUGGCCAGAUUCCAGGGCAAGCAUAUCCCUACAAGGCUGCGCCUGGAGCUGGACUUCUUGGUGCUGGAGUUCCAGGGGCCAGUGUUCCAGGUGUAUAUCCAGGUGCAAGGAAUCAUGGCCUUGGAGUCCUUCCUGGAGUACCAACUGGAACUGGUUUGAAAGCUAAACCAAGUGCUGGUGGUCAGUAUGGAUAUCCAACAGGCUAUGGCAGCUUUGGAGUAGGAGUACCUGUUGGCUAUCCAGUUCUUUCACCUAAAUUGCCAGGUGGUUAUGGAAUUCCAUACAGUGCUGCUGGAUUUGCAGCUGCCAAAGCUGCUAAGUAUGCAGGUGCUGUACCUGGAGGCGUUCCAGGAGCCAUUCCAGGAGCCAUUCCAGGAGCCGUUCCAGGUGGAUAUGCAGCUGCCAAAGCUGCUAAAUAUGCAGGUGCUGUACCUGGAGGUGUUCCAGGAGCCAUUCAAGGUGUUCCAGGUGCUGUACCUGGAGGUGUUCCGGGGGCCAUUCCAGGAGCUGUUCCAGGUGACUAUGCAGCUGCCAAAGCUGCUAAAUAUGCAGGUGCUGUACCUGGAGGCGUACCGGGAGCCAUUCCAGGAGCUGUUCCAGGGGGAUAUGCAGCUGCCAAAGCUGCUAGAUAUGCAGGACGAUAUGCAGCUGCCAAAGCUGCUAGAUAUGCAGGUGCUGUACCUGGAGGUAUUCCAGGAGCCAUUCCAGGAGCUGUUCCAGGUGGAUAUGCAGCUGCCAAAGCAGCUAAAUUUGCAGGUGUUGUACCUGGAGGCAUACCGGGAGCCAUUCCAGGAGCUGUUCCAGGACGAUAUGCAGCUGCCAAAGCUGCUAGAUAUGCAGGUGCUGUACCUGGAGGUAUUCCAGGAGCCAUUCCAGGAGCUGUUCCAGGAGGAUAUGCAGCUGCCAAAGCAGCUAAAUUUGCAGGUGCUGUACCUGGAGGCAUACCGGAAGCCAUUCCAGGAGCUGUUCCAGGUGUUGUACCUGGAGCUGUUCCGGGAGCCAUUCCAGGAGCUGUUCCAGGAGGAUAUGUAGCUGCCAAAGCUGCUAAAUAUGCAGGUGCUGUACCUGGAGGCAUACCGGGAGCCAUUCCAGGAGCUGUUCCAGGUGUUGUACCUGGAGCUGUUCCGGGAGCCAUUCCAGGAGCUGUUCCAGGAGGAUAUGCAGCUGCCAAAGCUGCUAAAUAUGCAGGUGCUGUACCUGGAGCUGUUCCGGGAGCCAUUCCAGGAGCUGUUCCAGGUGGAUAUGCAGCUGCCAAAGCUGCUAAAUAUGCAGGUGCUGUACCUGGAGGCAUACCAGGAGCCAUUCCAGGAGCUGUUCCAGGUGUUGUACCUGGAGCUGUUCCGGGAGCCAUUCCAGGAGCUGUUCCAGGUGGAUAUGCAGCAGCCAAAGCAGCUAAACUUCCAGGUGCUGUCCAAAGGGGUGUUUCAGGAGCUGUUCCUGAUGGAUAUGCAGCUGCCAAAGCAGCUAAAUAUGGAGGAGGGAUUCCUGGGGUUUCAGCUGGUGUUCCAGGGGGUUUAGCCAGAGCUGCUCCUGAUGGCUACGCAGCAGCCAAAGCAGCUAAAUAUGCAGGUGCUGUUCCAGGAGGGCUUCCCAGGAUUUCAGCUGGAGGUUUCCUAGGAGCUGUUCCAGGUGGAUAUGCAGCAGCUAAAGCAGCUAAAUAUCCAGGUGCUGGUGGUGCAGGGCUCGCAGCUGGUGCUUUUCCUGGUGCUCUUCCAGGGGGUGUUCCAGAUGCGUAUGCAGCCGCCAAAGCAGCUAAAUAUGGAGGCAUUCUUCCAAGAGGGUUACUUGGUCCAGGAGGUUUAAUUCCAGGGGCUGUUCCUGCUGGAUAUGGAGCAGCUAAAGCAGCUAAAUAUGGAGGUGUCCCAGGGGUUGUUCCCGGAGGUGUCCCAGGGGUUGUUCCCGGAGGUGUUCCAGGGGUUGUUCCCGGAGGUAUUCCAGGUGGAUAUGCUGCAGCUAAAGCAGCUAAAUUUGCAGGUGGUGUUCCAGGAGGGAUUCCUGCACUUCCAAUUACAUCUGGUCUAGGGGGCCUUCCAGGUGGCAUUCCAGCAGGUGCUUAUGGAGCAGCCAAGGCAGCUAAAUUUGGAGCUGGUGUUCCAGGAGCGGUUCCUGGUCUUCCAUUUAGGGGUGUUCCAGGUGCUGUUCCAGGAGGUGUACCUGGUGGCUAUGCUGCAGCCAAAGCUGCUAAAUUUGGAGGAGGUGUUCCAGGAGGCGUUCCGAUCGGAGUACCUGGGGUUGGACUAGGUGGUGUUCCAGGUGGAUUAGCAGCAGCUAAAGCUGCUAAAUUUGGAGGAGGAUUUCGUGGAGGCAUUCCAGGAGGUGUACCUGGAGGUUUUCUUGGGGGCCUAGCAGAUGCCUACAGGGCAGCCAAGGCUGCUAAAUAUGGAGCUGGUGUGGCAGGAGCUGUGCCCAGAGACUUUCCAGGGGGUGUAGUUGGAGGUUAUCCAGCUGCAUAUGCAGCGGCUAAAGCUGCUAAAUAUAGAGGUGCUCUGCCGGGAGGUGUUCCUGGAGGCCUUCCAGCGGGUGUCUCAGACGGUUUACCCCGAGGCAUUCCAGGAGGUGUACCAGAUGGAGCUGCGGCAGCUAAAGCUGCAAAAUUUGCAGGUGUACCGGGAGCUAUACAAGGAGUACCAGGAGCAGUUCCAGGUGCUGGGCCAGGAGUUCAACCAGGAGUUGUGCCAGGUGGGCUAGCUGAUGGUAAAGCAGCUAAAUAUGGAGGUGCCCCAGGAGCUGUACCUGGAGUUCAACCAGGAGUUGUACCCGGUGUUCUAGAAGAUUUACCAGCUGGUUAUGCAGCCGCUAAAGCAGCUAAAUAUGGAGACGGUGGCCUGGGUGUCCAGCCGGGUGCUGGCCUUGGUGUCCAGCCUGGAGUCGGAGUUAAACCCGAAGGUGGAGUCGGUGUGCAACCUGGCCUCGGAUUGGGUGUAACUGGAGUUCGACCCACCGGUGCUCCUCUGACACCCCAACCAGGUGAAGCGCUGCCAGGCGUUGGAGCAAAAGCUGCCAAGCUAGGGUUUGGGACAAGAGGUUCUGCUGGAUUCUUACCCUAUUAUCAACCUGAAGAAUAUAUUGAAUCCAGCUGAAGAUAUUUAAGAACUGCAGGAGCCCCUUGUGCGAUGGGAAAAUAUUGUGGCAGAAGGAGAAAAUAAGCAACCAUUUGGAAAAGAAGUGACCUCAAGAAUUCUGGUGCUACUGCCUGAUUUGGAAUGUAAAGGAUGGUGUGUAAUGGAAUUCCUCGGCUACAUCCCUUUCCCACAGCUACACCUUCCAUCCCCCAAUUUCAUCUGCAUUCUUUAUCGAUAUCUAAUGGAUUUUUUUUAUCAAGGAAACUCUGUAAUAUGUUGUGUGCUUCAAGAGCUUAGAGACCAGUUUACAGCUGAGUCUUUUGUUGUUAAUCUCAGUAUUAGUUAACACCAUCCGUAACUUGAUUUGUUUUGUUUGGUGACUCUGACUCCAGUAUUUUUAAAUUAUAAAACCGGUGUUAUUAAUUUUCAGUUGCUUGUGCUUUGCUUUACAAACUGUACUGUGAGUGAUGUCUGGAUUAUACAGCUGGGCAGUAGCUCCAACCCACCAUAAUUUUUGGUGCUAAAAUUCUAUAUUUGAGUGUGGCAGCUGUAUUCAUACAAAUGAUGGCUCAACCUGACAAGUGGGGCCUGAAGUGACCAAUGCAACUUUCACGUAUUGCAGCUCAACAUGCUUGUGCACGUGGCCACCUAAACUUUGUACUUGGAGGCCGAAUUACCUUCCUGGCCAAAAUAUUCCUGGAGAGGUUGAUUUGAUGAAUUUUGAAGUUCAUGCAAGUUGAGAGACUUUAGGACAAAUUUUCCUUGUCUUCCACUCAGGCUUCUGGAUUUUGUAUGCAGAGCAAACAAGGGAUAAAAUGCCAGCUUCUUUACAGGUGUGUGCUCCUCCCCAUCUGAUUUUCCUGCAUCCAUUGCACAUACAUGACUCAAUGGCCCCAGGUUCAGGAUCAGGAAAAUCUGCCCUAGAUUAAGAAAUCGUUAAUCUCUUCACUAUUGGCAUGGUGUGGCCAGGGUUUUACUACCUCCGAGAUCAAGAUUGUUAAGUGAGCUCCAUAUGUUUCAACAAUCUGAUUACCUCCACAGCUGUAAUUAACUAAGAAUUUUAUCUUAUUGAUGUCCUCUCGGAAAUCUUCCAACUGAUUUAAUUACAUAAAAUGUAUCCAAGGAUUUUUUUUUGAAAACAAAAUUACUUUCCAACCAACAUACAUCAAAGUUGCUGGUGAACGCAGC